CUCUCAAAGUCUUGAGAGUCGCUCCACAUAUAUAUCUUUUUGAGUUUACUUCUUGUCUUUAGAGUCACUCCAUCUCCUCCUCCUCCUCCUCAAUUGCCCCCAUUGACUUGCAACUUAUACAACUCAAAUAUAUAUAUACACAAUAUUCAUGUGCUCACAAUUCAAUUCUUCACCAUUAUCAUCUUCCCUCAUGGUUCUCCCAAAGUGCAAUUUCUUGUCACCAAGACCCAUUCUACAUUUUCAAAAUGGGUGCCAAAAUUCACCCCCACAAGACACACAAGAGGCUCAACUAGCUCAAAAUCAAGAAGCUCACUUCCAACAAGACACACAACAACAACAACAAGAAGGCAAUAACAACAAUGAAGAAGAGGAAUUAUCUGAAGAUAAUGUUAAGGAUAAUUCUACAAAAAGUAUUCCAAUAACACCAGAAUGUGUUAGUACAACUAGACAAAUGAUGAUUUGUCCACCAGCACCAAAGAAGAAAAAGGCAAUUCAAGUUACAAAGAGAAAAUUAGUGUUUCUCGAUGUUUAUGAUGAAGUAGAAUCAAUGUUUCCUCCAGUUUUACUGGCAGAUCUUGGUAAUAAGAUCAAGAAAGCUAGGGAAACAAGUCCCAUCUUAUGAUCAGUAUGUUUUAAUGAAUCAAAUUUCUUAUAAAUUAUAUAGUAUGAUACUAGAUCUUAAUUUAGUACUGUGUACUCUACCCUACUGAUUAUUAUGAAGAAGAAACUAUUCUCAUGUU